GCGCUCCGACUGCAUUCACACACGCAACAGAAAAGCCGCGCGACUGUAACGAGCUGCUGUUGGUUAAACCGUUGUUGUGUCCGCAUGGGACCUGAUUUCUGCUCUGAACUGAUUUGCACUCGAGCGUGAUUCACGGGCCGGGGUUUGGAUACGCUGCACCGGAUACAGGAUGAUGAAAUUUCGGUUCAGAAGACAGGGCAAUGACCCUCAGAGAGAGAAAGUCAAACAGGAGCUUUUUGCGUUCAAUAAGACUGUUGAACAUGGAUUCCCGAAUCAGCCAAGUGCUCUGGCCUACGACCCCAAACUCCAGCUAAUGGCCUUCGGAACUAAAUCAGGAGCUAUCAAAGUAUAUGGAGCACCUGGAGUGGAGUUCACUGGACUUCAUAAGGAAGCUGCUACUGUCACACAGAUACACUUCCUUCAUGGACAGGGAAGAAUUGUGUCCUUGCUGGAUGAUAACACUUUGCACCUCUGGGAGAUUGUGCAGAAAGAUUUCUGCUCCCACCUGGAGGAGGUGCGCUGCUUCAGCCUUCCAGGCAAGCCUGGCAUCGAGAGCACCAGUGCGACACGUGUGACUGUCCUUUUACCGAAACUGAGCUGUGAUCUUUUGGCUGUGGGCACUGAGGGUGGUGGAAUCCACUUCCUGGAGCUCCCCACUUUCCUACUGCUGAACAAGUCACUCUUCCAAGAUGAAAUCAUGCAGAGCCUUCCUGAUAGUUACAAGUGUGGGAAGUCUUUGGGACCAGUGGAGUCCCUACAGGAGCAUCCCCAACAUCCAGACAAAAUCCUCAUAGGCUAUAGUAGAGGCCUUGUUGUGCUAUGGAACUUUCAAAGUCGACAUGUAGACAAUGUCUUCCUUGGAAAGCAGCAGUUGGAAAACUUGGUCUGGGUUCGGUCUGGAAAGAGCUUUGUUAGUUCUCAUAGUGAUGGUGGCUACAUGGUGUGGGCUGUUAGUGACUGUAGCCCCUGCACCAAUGAACCUAUCUCUUCCACUAUACCAUAUGGCCCGUUUCCCUGCAAAGCUGUGAACAAGAUCUUAUGGAGGACCACCCAGUCGGGAGCUCCACUGGUGCUGUUUAGUGGUGGGAUGCCUCGAGCCAGCUACGGGGACAGACACUGUUUAACAAUACUGCAGGACAGUACACACGUUACCCUGGACUUCACCUCACGAGUCAUUGAUUUUUUCACCAUUCACUGCACAGAUAAAGACAUAGAGUUUGAUGAUCCCUCAACCCUUGUUGUCCUCCUGGAGGAGGAGCUGGUGGUGAUUGACCUUCAGACACCUGGCUGGCCUGCUAUUCCUGCCCCAUAUUUGGCACCACUGCACUCCUCUGCCAUUACAUGCUCCUACCACAUCUCUAAUGUGCCAACCAAGCUGUGGGAAAGGGUGGUGAGAGCUGGGCAGCAGCAGUGUGUUCUUCAGACACGCACGAACUGGCCAAUAAGUGGAGGGAAGAACUUGGCACCUGAUUCAAAACAGAAAGAGCUGCUGCUAACUGGGCACGAGGAUGGCACGAUACGCUUCUGGGAUGCCUCAGGUGUGGCACUAAGACCUCUUUACAAGCUGAGCACAGCCAACAUCUUCCAAACCGACUGUGAUCACAACGACAGCCUGACUCAAGCCAGUGAAGAGGAGUGGCCUCCAUUUCAAAAGGUGGGCUGCUUUGACCCAUACAGUGAUGACCCCAGGCUGGGAAUACAGAAAAUCUGCCUGUGCAAAUACAGUGGCAAGAUGGUGGUGGCUGGAACUGCAGGACAGGUGAUGGUCAUGUACAUGUGUGACGAGAAAUCUGACCACAUGAUCGAUGUGAUCACCAUGGACCUUCUCCAGGACCGGGAAGGUUUCACGUGGAAGGGUCACGACCGGCUGCCAGAGAAGUCUGGCUCUGUGGUAUUCGCUCCAGGAUUCCAGCCGGUAGUCCUCGUGCAGUGCAUGCCCCCUGCAGCAGUUACCGCGGUGACUCUGCAUGCUGAGUGGAACCUUGUUGCUUUUGGCACCAGUCAUGGCUUUGGUCUCUUCGACUACCAUCGGCGUAACCCUGUGCUGGCAAGGUGUACUUUGCAUCCUAAUGACUCUCUGGCUAUGGAGGGACCUCUCUCACGAGUAAAGUCCUUGAAGAAGUCACUUCGUCAGUCAUUCAGGAGGAUUCGCAAGAGUAGAGUGUCUGGAAAGAAGCGUGUGUUGGUCAGCAGCCCAUCCAGUAAAGUCCAGGAGGCUAAUGCUCAGCUAGCAGAGCAGGAUGCUGAGGUCACCCCAGUACAGAGAAGGAUAGAGCCCCGUUCUGCUGAUGAUUCGUUAUCUGGGGUGGUGCGUUGCCUCUGCUUCGCCGAUACCUUCCUUCGAGAUGGAACACAUCAUGGUCCUACCAUGUGGGCUGGGACAAAUUCAGGCUCUGUGUAUGCUUAUGCCCUGGAUGUGCCCUCAGAGCGAAAUGUAGAAGCUUUGCUGGGGAAAGAGAUCCAACUCAUGCACAGAGCCCCAGUUGUGUCCAUUGCUGUGUUGGAUGGCAGGGGAAGUCCUUUGCCUGAGCCAUAUGAGGAGUCAAGGGACCUGGCCAAAGCUCCUGAUAUGCAGGGCAGCCACUCGGUCCUUAUUGCAUCUGAGGAACAGUUUAAGGUGUUCACACUGCCUAAAGUCAGCGCAAAGACCAAAUUUAAGUUGACCGCACACGAGGGUUGCCGUGUACGGAAAGUGGCUCUGGUGAACUUCUGUAGUGCUGCUUCUGAGGACUACUGUGAGAAUGGCCUAGUGUGCUUGACAAACCUGGGGGACAUUCACGUGUUCAGUGUGCCCGCGUUGAGGCCACAAGUCAGAUAUGACUGCAUUCGCAAGGAAGACAUAAGUGGCAUUGCGUCCUGUUUGUUCACCAAAACCGGCCAAGGGUUUUAUCUGAUUUCACCGUCCGAGUAUAAACGGUUCUCUCUUUCUGCACGGGUUUUUACUAAACCGGAGUGUUGGGUGGACAUCGAUCGACCUUACGAACCUUCUGAACAUGAUUUGUGUAUGCCAGUACUGCCCCAGGCCAACGGCACAUACAAGAACCAAUCUCCAGGGGAGAGCAAAUCUUCAGAGCAUGCUGAAGGCAUGUUUGAUGAAAUGCAGAGUGCUUUAUCCUCUCCUGGCCUGGAUUCCCCAAACAGCAGUGCUGAUAUCACGCUCGACACAACAGGAGAGCUCACUGUGGAGGAUGUGAAAGAUUUCCUAGUGAGUGUGGAUGAGGCGGAGAAUAACCUGAGGAAUAUGAAUGAGGAGGAUGGAAGGCUUCCUGGAAUUCUUAUCAACUGAUAAACAAGUUUUGACAACUCUAGGGUUGAUGGAGAAGUGGUACGAAUUCUUUUAUGUGCAAUUGGACCUUGAGGUGAAGAAUGCCUUCAAGAGGAAGAUGCUACACUCUUCUUUUUUCACUCUUUCCCAUCACCUUCGUUUUCUCCGCUCUCUUACUCUGAGCUAACAGAUCUGUGUGUGUGUGUGUGUGUGUGUGUGUGUGUGUGUGUGUGUGAAAGGCUGUACAAUAUUGCUUUCCACCUCAAGAGCUGCCUAAGUGCAUUAAGAAGUCUAGAUCAGACAUCCAUGUGCAGAAUACAAGAAAUACUUUCAGAAUACUUGCACUGACCACAUCAGUAUGUGUGUGUGUGAUUUUAUAUAUAUAAUAAUUCUUUCCUAUUGCAAACAUUCCAUGUUUCUUGUGUCAUGAUGCUACUUUGCUUGUCCUCUCACUGUUAGGCAGGCGGCACACAGAGUGAGUAUAAAAUGUUUCUGUUGCUUCUUAGCAGCUUUAUCGUCACUAUAUAUUAUACUGUGAUGGUUUCUUACAACAAAUCGGGAGGCCAUUGAAAAGUUCAGCUUAUGGACCCUGUGGGUUUGAUCGAAUCUUGUGGUGUUCCUUUUUAAUCCCGUGUAACCACUUGCCAUUGUAAGUAAUAUUGACAAUUAACUGUGAACUGUAGUAGUUUGGAUGAACAUGGUGUCUAAUCUUAGAAGUAUUCAUCAUUUAGUGAUUAUUGAGCUUUGAGUUUGAUUACUCGUGUAUACUUGUAACCAUAUUAACAAAAAUGAAGGAACUAAUAGUUAUUCAGUGUAACAUUUGAUAGAAUAAUUUUAUACUGCCUACAAAUUUUGUAUUUUUUUUUUUUUUUUUUUUAGAUUUAGAAUUAAGGCUUUCUAACUACAUUUUGCAGUGAUAAAUUGGGCUCCUGGUGUGGUGACAGAAUAAAUGCAGUUUAUAUGAUGAAAUUAAAGGGACAAAUGGUAAAAAUCUGCAGUUUGGGGAAAUUAAGGUUUUCUAUGCCAGUAGAUUUUAAAGUACCUUUUUUUUUUUUCUUUCUUUCCAUACACUUUCAUUUAAAACUGACCCAUUACAUUUGCUUCACUUUUUUCUAUACAUAUCACAUUAGUAAUGGCUAAGACAUGCUGAAUUUACCCUGCACGCGUGGUUUUCUCGCUGUGUAAUUCCUGUUUCAAAAGGGACCUCACUAACGUAGACGUUCAAUUCAUCUUUUUAACUUUCCCCUCAAAAACUUUCACAACAAGGUUGCCCUGUGAAAUUUGUAUUUAAUGUUUUCUUGUGUAGAAAUGUAAUUGUAGAUAUGACCAUGUUAAUAAAGUAUUUACUCAUUUUAA